UAUGUUUCCCUUUUAUUAUUAUAUUGUUUUUAUUGAAAAAACAAAAGCCCUCUUGGGGCCUCCUUGUUCGACAAGAAAGGGAAAUGAUUUUUUUCGUGGAUUUUCAGGGGUUUUUUGCAGGCUGUAUGGCAUGCUCAAAAAAGUUUGCUCUGAUCUUUUUUCAGUCAAGGAAGGAAAGGAAAUGCUGCAGACAAAAUAUAGAUAUGACCCUGCUCUCCCAAUAACCUUGAAUGUAAGAUCUCACUGAAAAACAACAAACUGAUUCUUUAUUUCUCUUUAGAUUGUCUUCAUAAUUUUCUGGUAAAGUAACACAAGCAUGAAAUUUAUUGUGGGAACAGAAUAGCUGAAUAAUAUUAUAAAAAAAAAAGAUCUAGGAGCUUUUGCACAGAUUCAAGGGCUGGAGGGAUGUCAGCUGUUUGCUUUUGUUACAGAGUUAGAAUAAAGCUUUGUUGAAUUUGUGCAAAAUUGAUGUUGCUGUCAUAUUUAUGUUACUUUGUCGUCGCCUGGUGGUUCAAUAGCGCAGCUGUAGGGUUCCUAGCUGGCCACCGUAGUACCUAAGCAAAGGAAAUCUGUCCUGAGCUGAAAAUGUGAGUCCUUACAGUUUCAUAUCAGUACUGACUGUGUGCUGAUGAUUUAUACACCAGCUCCAGAAUAAAAAAAAAAGGUAACCAGAGUGAGAGCAACUCCUGUGCUGUUGUGGCGUCAUUCCUGGACCAUAGACAUCAGAGACACAGACCCUCCAUAGUCCAACAGAAGGAAACAACCGGCUACAUUAUGUGUCAGUCUUGUAUGAGCUGUAACUGAUUACUAACCAUUUGUGAAGACGCUGCAGAACAUACACCUCCUAUAUGUCUUGUGUUAGAGAAGAACACGUACAGACAGCUGAGAUAUUUAUUUCAUGCUGAACAUUUCUUCGACUUUUAUAACUUUAGUUACCUAUUUGCACUUAACAUCUUUGUCUCUUUACAUGGAUAUAAGUUACACACCAUGUCGAUCAGGGUCCAGCAGAAGGUUGAUAUGUAAUGAAGAAGUCAAUUUUUAUUCAGAUGCUGCUUUGGAAGUAAGUGAACACCAGUGACAGAGUGCACCCGUUUAUAUCUUUAACUAGAAAUCCUUAAUGUCCAUGCAAAUCCCAGCAGAAGACACACAGCUGUGCUCAGAUCCGCUCAACACAGCCGCUGGUCAUAAAGAAUAGAAGUCGGAGAGAUGUCUGUCCUGCAGAAGAUCAGUCAGAAUAUAAAGAACAUAAAGCCAUUAGAGUAUGAAAUCCUGGCCAGGCGACUUGGCCUGAUGAUGAAAGAGCUCAGACAGGGAGUGAGAAAACCCUUCAAAGAGGUGAUAAAUGUCUCCAUGGGCGACCUGCACACGUCUGGUCUGAAGCCUCUAUCAUUUGUCAGACAGGUCCUCGCAGCGUGUCUUUACCCUCAGCUUGUUAACAGCAGCAGACUGCCAGUGGACGUCAGGCAGAGAGCUCAGAGGCUGCUCGGGGAAUGUGUUGGGGGAAGUAUAGGUUCUUAUACAGCUACAGCGGGUAUACCAGAGGUUGUCCAAAGAAUCUCUGAAUUCAUAACAAGACGAGAUGGCGGGGUCCCAUCUUCCCCUGACAACAUCUACAUAAGCCCUGGAUCACAGUGGUGCCUCAUGAACAUGCUGAAGGUGUUGGUGAACAGCGAGAGCUCACCCAGAACAGGUGUGCUCACUCCAGUACCGAGCCACUGCACCACCACUUCCUCCAUUGUGGGUCUAGGAGGAGUCAUCGUCCCCUACUACCUCACUGAGGAGAAUGGCUGGCAGCUGCAAGUGGAGGAGCUACAGCGUGCUCUGGACUCUGCAAAGGGAAUCUGUAACCCUGUAGCUCUGUAUAUCAUCAACCCUGGAAACCCCUCAGGUCAGGUUCAAAGCAGAAAAUCCAUGCAGGAGGUGAUCCAGUUUGUACGGGAGAACAGACUCUUUCUUCUGGCUGAUGAGGUGUAUCAGGAUUUGGUUUAUGGUGAACAUAGUGAGUUUAUCUCCUACAAGAGGGUCCUGGCCGAGAUGGGUCCUCCUCAUGCAGACACAGUGGAGCUGGCGUCCUUCCACUCAGCAUCCAAAGGCUUCAUAGGAGAGUGUGGUCUGCGCGGUGGCUAUGUGGAGCUGGUAAAUCUGGACCCUGCUGUUAUGAAACACAUCCACACUCUCUUCUCCACAGACAGCUGCGCUCCUGUUUUGGGUCAGAUGGCCCUGGAUCUGAUGGUGAACCCUCCCCAGCCAGGAGAUCCCUCAUACCCCCUUGAUGAUAUGGAGAGAGAGCACAUCAGGAAGACGCUGGUUCAUAAUGUCAAGAGAGUCUCCGAGGUUUUGAACAGCCUGCCGGGUUUCUGCUGCCAGCCUGUGGAGGGAGGAGCAUUCGCCUUCCCCAGACUGUUUCUUCCACCCAAAGCCAUCCAGAAAGCCAAGGAAAUGGGAAUGCAACCAGACACUUUCUACUGUGUGAGGUUGCUCGAGGAGGCCGGUGUGUUAAUCCUGCCUGGAUGCGAGUACGGACAAAAGGAGGACACCCAUCACGUCAGAUUUUGCAUACUGAACCCUCAGGAAACUAUGGAGGAAGUUCUGAGACGCAUAUCCUGCUUUCACACACAGUUUAUGAGGGAAGUUUCUUAAACAAACACAGACAGAAGAACGUCUUAUUUUCUUUCUGCAUCUACCUGUCGUUAGCUUAUUCAUUACAAACAAUAAAACAACUUGAUCAUUUUU